AUGGUGAUAAUUGUGAGCGGAGCUGUCUGGGCGGGCAUCAUGGUGACCAAGUGCGUAAUCUCCAAGGUCUUGGUAUGGAAGGCUCUCGAACGAUGCGUGCGACCGGACGAGAACAGGGAACACAAGACCAACAGCAGUGACGAAGAAGCACGCGAUGAUGGCGAAGAUGUGCCAGAGCUUGCGCAGGAAGUCGACGACGAGGAGGAAGAGGACCAGCAGCCCGUGAUUGGCGCCACGAAAAGGACUCUCGGCACACUGAAGCAAGGUGACGGCCGUGAGCCGACAUCGAGGGUGGACCGCUUGCAGCCCGAGUCCUCUACCGGGGACAACUCGCUGGACUCCCGGUCGGACGGCAGUGGCGAGGGAGGCGACUACGUCCCUGAUUCGACGAUGAUGAUGGUCACUGAUUUCUUGUUUCAUUUUUACGUUUGA